GCCAGCUACAGAUGUGCAGAGCUUCAGAGCAAAAGGACUUACUGCACUACUACAGCUCUGAACAUUUAUAUCAUCUGGCAUUUAUAAUUGAAUGCGCCUUCCACUGUACCUACGGACUAUUUCUUGUGCCAUGCCAUCCAACUUCAACAUGUUGGCAUUUCUGUGUGUGUGGGUGUUUGGGGCGUCCUCGUUGCCUGCCACGACCCGAACCGAGGCGAGGUUAGCACUAGUAGACGACAUGAAUGUGCUGAUGUAUGGAGUGCUGCAAUUUAGCGAGUCACUGCAUGACAUGUACAAGAACACCGAGAAAAGGCUGGAACGCGUCACCCGUGCCAUCAGUCAUGCAGAAAGUCUGCUGAAGCGCCUGGGGCACGACACGGAGCAGGCUGCCCAUUCCAAGCGUCAGAUCGAAGCGAGGCUUGGCCUCCUCCAGGUACAGAUGGCAACGCUACAGGUUGAGACUAAACAGACCAAAGGAUUAGUCAACAAGGUGGAACAGGAUGAGGUGCAUCUAAAGCACAAACUGAGCGAUCUAGAGGCACGACUGAGUAACUUUACUCCUGAAAGGAUCAAAGCACUAAAGGACUCCCAGGAACACUACAGAGCAGGUAUUAUUUGGGUGGUGGAUUACUCUCAGCACUGCAGUGACACUGACAUGGUGGUGGUGUGUUAGUGUGUGUUGUGCUGGUAUGAGUGGAUCGGACACAAAAAUGCAGAUGGAGUUUUUAAACCCCUCACUGUCACUGCUGGACUGAGAAUAGUCCACCAACCAAAAAUAUCCAGCCAACAGCGCCCCAUGGGCAGCGUCCUGUGACCACUGAUGAAGGUCUAGAAGAUGACCAACUCAAACAGCAGCAAUAGAUGGGCGAUCGCCUCUGACUUUACAUCAACAAGGUGGACCAACUAGGUAGGAGUGGACAGAGAGUGGAUGCGGUAUUUAAAAACUCCAGCAGCGCUGCUGUGUCUGAUCCACUCAUACCAGCACAACACACACUAACACACCACCACCAUGUCAGUGUCACUGCAGUGCUGAGAAUUAUCCACCACCUAAAUAAUAUAUGCUCUAUGGUGGUCCUGUGGGGGUCCUGACCAUUGAAGAACAGGGUAAAAGCAGGCUAAAAAGGUAUGUAGAGAAACAGGUGGACUACAGUCAAUAAAUUGUAGAACUACAAAGUGCUUCUAUAUGGUAAGUGGAGCUGAUAAAAUGGAGGUGGUCAUAAUGUUAUGCCUAAUCAGUGUAUGUCUAGUGGCGGAAAUGUGUAAAAGAAAGAGUGCUGCUGUGUGCCUUUCUUCUGUGUGCCUCCAGUAGGGACAACAAUGUACUUUAUUGUUGUACAUUUCCUAACUGUUACUAACUCCAAUCAUUUUGCCAUAUAUCUUUGUGACAGGACGUCACCCAGAAGCACAACACCCUUCUGGACAACUUGAUAAGCUGGACAGAGAAACAGAAAGAACAACUGGAACAUCAGAAUCAGCAGCUGGCU